AUGACUGAUGAUGUGAAACGCUUUUUCCACAACAUUCUCAAACGUGUAACCGGAUUGAACUGCAUCAUCAUAACGGAUCGAGAUGGCGUACCGCUGAUGAAGAUCGGUGACGAUAAAUCAGCCGGCAUGAUCAUGAAGCCCACGUUUCACACCACAUUCACUAUGGCGACGGAGCAGUCAAACAAGCUUGGCCUAGGCCGAAACCGCAAUAUCAUCUCCAUCUACACUGGCUAUCAGGUGGUGCAGAUGAACAAACUCCCGCUGCUGGUCACUUUCAUCGGCAACGAAACCUGCAAUAUUGGACACAUCCUGGCCCUCGAUCAACAGAUCGAGUUGGUGCUAGACGACGUGAAGGUAGCCGUUACAGAAACUUGAACAAGGUUAACUGAGCAGUAGUGUUUUAAUUUUGUUAUAAAAAAAGAACGAAAUUCGUUGGCAUUGUUUUACACUUAUGCUAAAUGAUACAUUUUUAUGUGAUGUCAAAAGAUGAUUAACCUUAAUACGAGA